UUGGUGAUGGUACUUGAUGUAUGUGGUGGUGUUAUGUUUGAUUAUGUAUAUACCGUGAUCUGGAGGGUUUAGUUUAACUUUCAUUUUAUGCUAUAAAGUAUUGAUUCGUAAUGGACAUACUCAGAGAUAAAGUACCUGUUUUUGUGGUUUUGUUUUUCGUUCGGCGAUUGUAUAUUUGCAAUGUAGGAAUUGAGUGAAAAUGGUGGCGAACACCUGAGUUGUUAUUGUGUUCCCUCAGUGGAAUGAGUAUUGUAAAAUAUGGCAAACUUAAUACUAUUAUUUACUUGCCAUAUUAUGUUCACUGUGAUACAGUUGGAAGCUUCUAAUAAUGAUCCUUGUUCAUCUUCAUGUUCCUGCUUGGGUCGGUUUAUUGACUGUAGUAGGAAAAAGUUGCAACACAUACCAGCCGAUUUGCCAACCUGGACAGAAGAACUGAAUUUGAAUAAAAACUACUUAACUGAAAUACCAGUUGUGGAUGCUCAGUUGAAUCUCACAACACUGAGCCUGGCUCACAAUCAAAUUAGAAAAAUUGAUGCAAAUGCACUUCACAAUCUUCCCACACUUAAGUCAUUGGAUGUAAGUUAUAAUAAUAUAAGAGAAGUUACAUUGGAAAGCUUUCCGGACAACUCAUCAAUUGAAAUUAUAAAUCUUAGUAGCAACAAAAUAUCUGAUAUUGAGGAAGGGACAUUUGAGAAGCUCUCAGCCUUGCACGAACUGAAGAUCAACAGGAACCAUUUGACAGGAUCAGUUAAGGAGCUAUUCAAAAACUUGGUCAACUUAAAAGUAUUGGAAUUAAACAGAAACAACAUAACUGAAAUUGAAGGACUUUCAUUUGAAGGAUCAAAUAAAUUAAGUGUGCUAAAACUCAGAAGAAAUUUCAUCAGCAUGCUGGGGGAUGGCGCGUUUUUCAAAUUGGAAAAUUUGCAUACACUGUAUCUUGAUUUCAACAAUAUAAGUGCCAUUAGAAAAGGAUGGUUAUAUGGUCUCGUGUUACUAAAUCAUUUGAACCUAAGUAACAAUCAAAUUUCAGCCAUUGAAGCUGAUGGAUGGCAGUUCUGUCAACAGUUGACAGUUAUGGAUCUUUCUCAGAACCGCCUUCAAGCUGUUACAAAGGGAAUGUUCGAACAGUUAACAAGAUUACAAGUUCUUCGCUUGAAUGGCAAUAUAAUUGAAUAUAUUGCCGAUGGCGCUUUUGAUGGCCUGAUAUCACUCGAAGUUCUAGAACUAAGUAGUAACAGAAUUGCAUGGACAGUUGAAGAUGAUUAUAUCGAUGGUGUAUACAGUAGCUUACGACAGUUAACAGAAUUGAGCUUAUGCUCUAAUGAAAUAAAGACUAUCAACAAGAAAGCAUUCAUAGGUCUUGACCGAAUCACUCGACUGGAUCUCAGAAACAAUAGUAUUGUAUCCAUUCAAGAAAAUAGCUUCAGUGCUCUUCAACAUCUGAAAGAAGUUCGCAUGAAUACGAGUGAUAUGUUAUGUGAUUGUAAAAUGAAAUGGUUUGCUAUUUGGCUGAAACAGUUUAGUGUUAACAAGUCAGUGAUGGCUGUUUGUGCAUUUCCUGAAAGGCUGAGAGGUGUACCAGUUUUGCAAGUUUCUAUAAAUGAUUUUACUUGUGAUGAAUUUCCUAAACCCAAUAUAAUUGAAAGUCCACAGAGCCUUGUAGCGUUGAAGGGAGAUAACAUUACAUUGCACUGCAAGGCAUCUUCUUCUUCUCUACAUCCAAUGGCUUUUCACUGGAAGAAGGACAAUGUUAAUCUUAAUGCCGCAAGUACAAAGCAGACAGCAAAAAGUUUAGGAGAUAAAGGUUGUGAACAGACUUCAGAGCUAGUGAUAUUCAAUAUAAGUCUGCGUGAAACUGGCCGAUACCAGUGUGUGGUUUCAAACAAUUUUGGAUCUACAUACUCGAACAAAUCCAGGAUAACUGUUUUAGCAUUUCCUAGUUUUACAAAAAUUCCUACUGAUGUAACUACAAAAGCUGGGAGUACAGCCCGUUUGGAAUGUGCAGCCACUGGCCUGCCUCUUCCAGAAAUAGUGUGGCAGAAAGAUGGUGGAAAUGACUUUCCAGCAGCGAGAGAACGCCGCAUGCAUGUAAUGCCUACAGAUGAUGUCUUUUUCAUUGUUAAUGUUAAGGCAUCUGAUAUGGGAGUAUACACUUGCACUGCCAAGAACACGGCUGGAUUCAUUGUCGCAAAUGCUACGUUAAGUGUUUUGGAACCUCCAUCAUUUGUGAAGCCAAUGGAGAGCAAGGAAAUAACAGCAGGAGAUCCAAUUGUUAUAGAGUGCAUGGCAUCAGGCUCGCCAAAACCAAAACUGGUUUGGAAAAAAGAUGGAGGAAAUUUGAUUACAACAGAAAGACACUUUUUUACUGCUGAAGAUCAGCUGUUGGUGAUUGUUAACACAAUACCUUCUGAUGCAGGAACCUAUGAGUGCGAGAUGUCCAAUACUCUGGGAACCGAAAGGGGUUACUCCAAGCUGACUGUUGUUCCAGCAUCUGCUGUUGGUGUGACAGAUGGUGAUAUAACAGGAAUCAUCAUAAUAACUGUGGUGUGUUGUGCAGUUGGGACUUCGGUGAUUUGGGUUGUCAUUAUCUAUCAUACACGUAAAAGAAUGGGUUUAAUGGAAGCCGGAAAUGAUGCCUGUCCUUAUCCGAGCACACUUUUGCGGUCACAUCCGGACUGCAGAGGUUCUGUUCCCAAUCUCUAUAUUGAUGUAACAUCAGAACAGUCAAGUGAUAAAGAUAGUGGCACAGGUGAUUCUGCAAAGCGUAGUAGUGAUGAUUUCCUGUUAGAGAAUGGGCACGCUGUAGCUCUAGAAGAAGUGAGUGAGCACGAAAGUGUCACAAAUUCUCUGCUGCCAAAUUGUGCUAUACAAGGAAUGAGUGGUGCAUUGCUGCUGCACAGCUUGUUGCACCGUACUGAUCAUGACAGGCCACAAGAUUCAAAGGAAGUGAGCGCAAAUUCCUCACAGAGGUGGUCGGCUCCUUUUGGUAGAGAAUCUACUGCUGCCGAUGUUCCCCACUCAUGUUCCUAUCGUAGCCUGCCCCUCGAUAUACAGACUCAUACCGAGGAUACUGUGGGAGGUGACAGCCAGUAACGGUAGUGAGUGGUUGCUGUACUGUGCAUACGUAACUGUUUUAACUGUGAGUUAUGAAUGUUCUUCUCAUUUAAUGAAAGAAUGUGAUAUGACAAAAUAUGUUAAUUGCAUUUGUUGUGAAUGCUGUGUUAUUUCUUUAAGAGAGUUGUUUUAAACUCUACUGACUGGUGUUUUGAAAUCAGACUAUUAUGUAGGCAAGUUAUACACAGAUAAAUGUGUAACUGUGUGUCCUAAUUUCACUGAAAUGUAAUUUAUGUAUAAAGUGUACAAUGCCAGAUAAAAUAUAUUGCUUGUGAAAUAUUUGUUAAAUAAAUGCUACAAAAAUUAAGUUUGAUGUAUAGAAAUAUAAAUAUUACAUGAGCUGUGUUGUGUGUAUUAAUUGUUUAUUAAAUGAAAAGAAUGUAUUUUGUUACAGUCUUAACUUUGUAACUCCACCUGAAAUACUUCACAUAUUAAGUUUAUUUGGUAAUUAUAUUUUUAUUGUAUUUUGAUAUGAUGAAUCA